AUAUAUUGCAUAUAGUGUUUUUAAACACAAACGUUAACAUGGUCGCCUAUGGGAUUUGAAUUGGUAUAGUCCAACCGUCAUUGUCAUACUCUUACAACAUGCCGCUACCGAUAUCGUUCAGAUCAUCAGUUCUCUUGGCAAAUGCCAUUCUCGUGGUAUUUUUCAUAUCGGCGUUUUCCAAUUUCACUAUAGGCAUAACUGCGACUGGUUUUCUGUUGAUUGUACUAAGGUAUUAUCGACUAGAACCCCCCGAGUUCAACAACGUCUGUGAGCGGCUAGGUUUUCCACCAGGAGAAGAUAACUCGACAAGCCUUUCACCAAUACUACACCGCGCGGGUGAUGUUUACUAUCCUGAAAAUACCUUGGAGGCAAUAAGAAAGCUCAAGGAUUCUGGCGCCCGCGGCGUGGAGGUGGACCUGGCCUUCACGGCGGACGGCGUGGGCAUCCUCUUCCACGACAUGUCGGUGGAUCGACUCACGGACGACUCGGGCUACGUGGCUGAUUUGACCUACGAAUACAUUUCAAGUCUCGAUGUCGCAGCCAAACACUCCUGCAGACCGACGUCCGGUGUUGUGAAGAUCCCCAAACUGGAGGAGUGCCUAGAAACGUGCCUGGAACUCGACCUCAUGGUUUACAUAGACUGUAAGAGCAAACCCAAACAGACUGCAGAUCUUCUGUGCGGCCUUUUCAAGAAGCAUCCCAAGCUAUACAACAAGGCGGUUGUGUGUUCUUUCUUCCCUCUUGUCAUAUACGCGGUCCGGAACGCUGAUCCCCGAAUCAUGACUGGCCAGACUCUGCGGCACUGGGCCCUGCAGUUCCGGAUAUAUCGCGUGCCCGAGCACGUGACCAAGUGGUGGCACGCCGUCCUGGCCCCGGUGCUCGACGUCAUCCUUGAGUGGUCCAUCUACUCGUGGGUUUGGUUCCUGUGUGGAAACUCAUUCACCUUGAUCUGUAAAGACGACUUGUCCAGAGAAACGUGCACGUACUUUAGGAAGCUUGGUUCCAUUGUUAUACCAUGGACUGUGAACGACAAGGCAGAGAAGGACUUUUUCCAACAGAGUUUGAAAUGUCCAAUCAUGACGGACCAUGUUAAAGACUGUUGAUUACAGCUUUGACUAGUUAUUGCUAUAAUGAAUUCUAGUUGUUAUCAGUUAAUAUGAUUAGUUAUUACGAUAACAAAUUAUUAUUUCUAUAAUGAUUUCCUGUUUCUAACAAAUAAUAUGAUUAAAUAUUGUACUAACUA